AUGGACCGGGCUCUGUUUCGAAAGAUUAUUAAGACGUGGGACCAGACGUGGUUGGAGGACGAGUUCGAGGUAUGUGACAUCAAUCAGUUGCACCAGGCGAGUCUUGAAGCCAGUCGAAUUAUCGUUCGAACACUCCCAGCCGGUUCAAGCAUACAGAUUGGCGGCGGGCGAGCUGUCAAUUUACUCCACGUGGAUCAGGUUGUUGCUUGCUGCCAAGAAAUCCCAGUCCAGUGCAAGACCAUGGACCGGGUGCUAACCAGCUGCCCUCUGACAAAGCAGGCUUGGCGAAACGGGCAGCUGAGGCUCCCGGAAAAAAUCCGAAUAGAAGGCGUUGUUAUACACGGGUUCAAAAGAGGAUCGACACAAUUAGGUUGUCCCACCGCCAAUGUCGGAACCCCAACAACCGGAGAGAACAUAACCAUUCCCUUUAACAAGCUUGUUACCCCAGGAACGUACUUUGGCACAUGCAUCAUUGAUUCGCCCGCCAAGAUUCCAAAAGCUGAAAACCGGAAGGCGGACGAGCGGAAGGGUGAGGAAGUCGAUGACGGAAUAGUCGGUACGUAUAUGUGCGUCAUAUCGGUUGGCUACUCGCCGUACUACGACAAUGCUGAGGCCACGAUCGAAGUACAUGUGUUCCACAAUUUCCCAAAGGACUUUUACGGGUUCGCAAUUGCCGUCAACAUCACAUCCUUUCUAAGACCCGAGUCGAAUUUUGAGAGCCUCCGCGACUUAAUCUUUGCCAUUCAAAUGGACUGCGAAACGGCACUAGAGUAA